GCGGGACUAGAGAAUCUCCACCAAUCAGCGCCCGCUUAAUGUAGUCCGUUGGUUUCCGGUGUGAUCAAGAUGGCGCUGCGGGAGCUGAACUCGCUUGAGAGAUUUCUAGGAUUAAAAAAGGCAAAUAAAUACAGCACGCAAGGAGGGAAAAAGGUCCCUGUUCUCCAAAACAACAAUGGGCCAGCAUUGACUGGUCUGGUUACUAUAGCGUGUCAUCUGGUUAAAGAAGCCAAGAGGCCAGAGCUGCUAGGAGACGAUGCUGAACAGAGAGCUGUGGUCCAGCAAUGGCUUGAACAUCGAAUAACAAAACUAGACAACUGUUCUAAAGAAGAGGUCAAAGUUAUAUUGAAGGAUCUUAACCGAUACCUGGAGGACAAAGUUUACCUGGCUGGGAACGUCUUCACCCUGGCAGACAUACUCAUGUAUUACGGAAUCCACCACAUUAUUGUGGAAUUGGCUAUACAAGAGAAAGAGUGCUAUCUGAAUGUCAGCAGAUGGUUUGAUCAUAUUCAACACUAUCCAGGCAUACGGCAUCAUUUGCCUCCUGUGGUGGUUCUGAGGAACAGAGUUUACCCAAGUGGUCACCACUGAAGGUUUUGGUUACUUACACGUCCAAUAAGCCAGACCUUAAGAUCUUCUAAGGUAACAAGCUGACAUGAUGUUAACCCAAAACUUCAGUAUAAUUAAAGCAGGUUGUUUGUUUUCGUGAGCUGAAUAAUGGCUGCUAAUAGUGUUAUUUUAUAUGUUAGCUUAGCAUGUUUAAGGAUUGGAGUAUCUUGAUCAAUGAUCAACAUGAAACUGCCUUUUGUUAAUGGAAAAGCAGCUCAUUCUAAUGUUAACUUAUUAAUAGUUUUUUGGAUAAGGUAGUCAAUGCUUAAAAUAAUAAAAAGAAAUUCACAAAAUUGUCCCUUAUGCUUUUGAACCCUUGGAAAUUUGACAUCAUUGGCAGUUUUGGGACAGAGGUCACCAAUCUCGGUCCUGGGGGGCCGGUGUCCCUGCAGGGUUUAGCUCCAACUUGCCUUAUCCCUCCUAGUAAGACCUUGAUUAGCUUGUUGUGGUGUGUUUGAUUAGGGUUGGAGCGAGAAUCUGCAGGACACCGGCCCUCCAGGACAGAUUUUGGUGACCCUUAGUAUGGGACAUGUAUGUAUUUACUAGCAUGAACAAACAAUGGGCGAUGUUUGCACUGCAUUUAUUAAUUAUAGCUCAUCAUUUGCUUAUGCGUUGACAAUGAACAGCGGUAUUUUCAUCAACUAACAUUAGCAAAGAUGAAUUACUACUGUAAUUAAUGGAUUGUUUAUUGUUUGUUCAUGGUAGUAAACACAAAUACAUAAAGUAUGUGUCCCAAAUUGUGAAGUGUUACCAAAUUUUUCUUCUGCAGUUUCUCCCUUUCUCCUAGCCUUAGCGCUGGUGUGGGCAGUAGUCUGGGGUUUUGACAGGAUGUCAUGUUUUCGCUCUGGGGCAGCGGGCAGAGUACCAGCUGUAGCUGCUCAGACAGCACUGGUGCGUUCUGGUUUUCAUGUGCUUUUCACUCCAUCCAUAAGCAGUCUGUCAUUUCCCCCUCAAAUCCCCUUCUGUUGUUUGUAGCUCUAAAUUUCUUUAGUCACUUGAAGCUAUAUAAAUUACAGAUUUAAUGUGUUUAAAUGUCAGAAAAAAAGACCUGCGCUUGUGAUUUCACAGCACAAAAUGAAAGGAUUUUAAUAAAGGGUUAUGACAAACAUGCUUCUGCAGCAGGAGAAUUGUGAACAUAACAGCUUGGUAAUACACUGAUGACUCGAAACAUCUUUCAGGAAAGCAAGUUCUUUUAUUCUACGCUACAACAUGUGGCCAGUCUGGUUUGUCCGCAGCCUUUAUGGUGGAAAAUCCUCCUCUUAUGAAAGGGAGAUGUGUUUUUGCACGUUUGCUUAUCUGCUGUGCAUAUGCUGACAAAAAGAUCCCUCUGUUCUUUUUAUUAUACUUCCUUUCCUGUAAGCCUUCUUUAUGAAACGUCUGCCGUUCUCAAGCUCAAGUUUGUGUUCUUUAAUGUCAACAGAAUGUUGUCCUGUGCCAAUAAAUGAAAAAACGAAGGGAAAACAGAA